CAGUACUCCCAGGUCAGCCCUGUCCUCUGCCACAGCCAUGAAGUCCACCACUAGGGCCCCCCACCAGGUGCCCUCCCCACAUGGGGCCCUGGAGGGCCCUACCCCAAGCCACUCCUCUGAGCUGGCACCAGGGUGGGCUACAGGCUCAGGCUACUGAGCGGGCCCCCUUGGACUGCCUUCCAGGGCAGGGUCAUGCCCUGUGUGGGGAGGGUGGGCCUCCCACCUGGGUUCUUCUGGCCCAAGCCCUCAUGGCUGGAGGGUGCCUCUGAGACCCAGAGAGGAGAGAUUGCCUCUCUAAGAAGAGGUAGUCUCUGGGUUGAGCUAGAACCCAGGCGUGGGACCCGGAUGCGGCCCCUCAUUAUGGGCACCUUGCCCACCAGGUGCCUCAGGUGAGCUCAGGUGAGGGCUGGGGGCUCCCUUCCCGGCAGCCCCGCCCUGGCCCCCACCCACGAGGCGGGCUCUUCAGGCGGGGCGGGCCUGAGGUCGCUGAGCUGGGCCCCACCCGCGGUGGGCGGAGAGGGGGAAGCCCGGUCUGGUCGAGGGCCCAGCGUGGCGCCCAGGGCCAUGGAGCCGCGCCCGCGGCCCGGGACCUGUGCUGCGGCGGCAGCGGCCCUCCUCUUCCUGCUGCUGCUGGGUGCCCGGGCCAGCACCCCCAGCCCCCGGUGUGACUGUGGCCACAGCUUCCCAAAGCGGAGUGGUCUGGGCUGCUGCAAGGGCUGUCCAGCAGGGCACUACCUGAAGGCCCCCUGCACAAAGCCUUGUGGCGCGGCCACCUGCCUCCCCUGUCCGCAGGGCACCUUUCUGGCCCGGGAAAACCACUACGAGACCCGCUGUGCCCGCUGCCAGGCCUGUGAUGAGCUGGCCCCCCAAAUGGCCCUGAGGAAUUGCUCAGCAGUGGCAGACACCCACUGUGGCUGCAGGCCAGGCUGGUUCAUGGACUGCAUGGUCAGCCAGUGCCGGCAUGGUUCCCCCUUUCGCUGCCGCCCAUGCACAGACUGUGGGGCCCUGCACCGACACACGCAGACACCUUGUUCUAGCAGAGACACCCACUGUGGGACCUGCCUGCCUGGCUUCUAUGAAUAUGACAAGAGCUGCGUGUCCUGUCCCACAAGCACCCUUGGGAGCUGUCCUGAGCCCUGCGUGACUGUCUGUGGCUGGAGGCAGACUGCUCUUUCAGUGUUCUGGGUGCAGAUGCUCGUGGCAGGCCUGGUGGUCCCAAUCCUGCUUGGUGCCACCCUGACCUACACAUACCACCGCUGCCAUCCUUGCAAGGCCAUAGGUCCUGCAGAUGACACUGGUGUGGAGGUCCGGACCCCCCUACAGACCACCCAUCUCUCACCCCCGGACAGCGGCCCUGCCCUUCUGGUGACACCCAGCAGCAGUGAGAAGGUGUACCCUGUCCAUUUGGUAGGCCACAGCUGUACCUCUGGCUCUCCCCAGACCCAGGAGGCACCCUGCCUGGAGGCCACAUGGUCCUGGGACCAGCUGCCCAGCAGAGCUCCUGGCCUGCCGCCCCCGCCCUCGCCAGCGCCCCCUACAGGCUCGGCGGCCACCACGCUCCAGCCUGGCCCGCAGCUCUACGAUGUGAUGGACGCCGUGCCCGCGCGGCGUUGGAAGGAGUUCAUGCGCACGCUCGGGUUGCGCGAGGCAGAGAUCGAGGCGGUGGAGGUGGAGGUCGGCCGCUUCCGCGACCAGCAGUACGAGAUGCUCAAGCGCUGGCGCCAGCAGCAGCACGCGGGCUUGGGUGCCGUCUACGCGGCCCUGGAGCGCAUGGGGCUGGACGGCUGCGCAGAGGACCUGCGGAGCCGCCUACAGCGCGGCCCGUGACGCCGGGGUCUACCCACCACUUCGGGGCUCUUGGUGGCCCUUGCAGAAGCCCUAAGUACGGUUACUUAAUGCGUGUAGACAUUUAAUGUCACUUAUUAAGCCCCUGGCACGGCUCUGCGUAGCAGCGCCAGCCAGCCUCACACUUGAGCGCCCCCAGGGGUCCAGUUAAGGCGAGCAGCGCCAACGAGGAACAGGCGGGCGUCGAGGCUGCUCAGCUGUUUCUCGGCUUGUAUUUGGUUGAGGCCUCGGUAUUAAAUCUAUGAAGAAAAGCUACA